UGGUCGUGUGGGACCUCUUGGUGCUCGUGUUCCGCAUUCUGUGCUUCAAGCCGGCCGUCAUCGUGAUCUGAGCAACCAUGGAGCAUAAAGGCCUCGACCCCACCGACGUUUACUGAGCGUGGCCUCCUACUAGGCCUCUUCACUCACCACUACCUUGCCCCCGCCUCACGGUGCUCCCGUAGCAUCGUCACCACUCACUCACUCUCGCGGCCAUUUACCAUGAGCUUCGCUAUGGAUCCCCUGGAUCCCACGGGUAUAUACUGAUGGAGCAUCACUGCUUGCCUGAUAAUGGCGAGGCUCGUCGCUGCUGCUUCCUCGCUCCUACAGUUCCGCCUCGCCCUGCUGUCCUUGCUGGCAGCCUCCUCCCUGGCGCUCCUCCCACACCUUCCAGAUGGCGACGUUGUGGACGAGAAUAUCCUGUGGAAGGGCGCGCCGCAGCCACUCAGCUUCCCAGAUGCUGUGAGACUCUUGCAGCUCCUGCAGCUGCAGCAGCAGGAGGGACAAGACCAGAGCGCAGAGGGCCGCGCCCAGCUGCAGGAUGCAAGAUUCAUGAGCAUCACUGACGGAGGUUACUUCAGAGGAGAGCUGAUGGUGUACGUACCAAUCACCGUAUUUCUUCCCACGUUUGCCUUCCGAUCUCGUUAUUCAAUGGCGGGGAAAAAGCACAAAUCUGAUUGGUCGAGCUUCUUUUUCGGGACUGGCCAGUCCCGCUUAGGGGAUGGCGAGGGGGAUAACGUGAAGGAUAUCAGAGGUCCCGGGGAUAGACUCGUGGUCCAAGAGCUGGAGUACGACCCUGGCCACCCACAGUACUUGGAACACAGAGAGUUGGGAGCGUUGUUGUCCCGGAUGGACGCAUACUUCCACUACCUGCGGGUCCACGACCAUCACUGCCGCAUGCGGCUACUCUGCCAGCUGGCCCGCCACCCCUCCACCUUCACACCCCUGUCACACCUGCUUCUCUCACCCCUCAAGAAGAGUGAGUCGUUGUCCAUGGUGUCGGCGAACAGCCCGGCCGUGUUCCGCUUCUUCCGGUACUAUUGGGCAGCUGAGAGGGGCGUGGCGGGCGCGGACUGUGGCCACGCCUACAGCCAGUGCCCCGCUGACCUUGACGACAUCGUCAACAUGCGUGUGCUCAACUUCUGGCAGAACCUCGCCUCCUACGUCUCUAUCCACCUGAGUGAUGAGUGAUGGAUGGUGCGUCUACCUGUCUCACGGUGCCUCCUCAACUCUCACCUGGGUGCGUCUGGGGUACUCCCCAGGUGCCUUCUGUUGCCACUGAUGUUACCCCGCCCCUGGUGCCACCUGCCCCUGGUGCCACCUGCCCCUGGUGCCACCCGCCCCUGGUGCCACCCGCCCCAAGCUGCCACCCCUCCCCUACCACCCGUGUGCCCCCCAACCGUUCUUCCCCUCCCCCUACCACACCUGUAUGUUACCAGCCAGUCGCUAGUGCCUGUAGGGGCGGGUCAGUUGGGCUACCCCUUUCCCCGCCCCCACAACUUGUUACCAGCGAGUCACUACUGCCCUCCCUGCCCCAACGCUGCCCACUGGCCCUCCUCUCACAAGUUGCCACAACGGACUAUCGUUCCUGUUAAGUUUCCCCUUUACGGUUUGCAGUUUUCUGUGUUACUUAGGACCUAGAUGCCGUCACCCCAGGCCCUAAUGUGAUGAUGAUUUUUGUUCUCAAAAACCCUUGUUAAGUUUCCAAGCCCUGGCAGCCCUGGAAGCUGUGGCUGUAGGCACGAGGCCUCAGUCGUGGCUUCCUUCGUGCACUGCCCUAGAGGAUCUCCUCCACAAGUGUGUGGUGUUUUGGUGUGACGUGUUUAACCUGUGAUAUAUUAGUUUAUUUUGAUGUGUCUGACCCGCCUGUUACCGGCGCCAACGGCGCUUGCCCACCGACCUGCAUCAUUGUUGACCUCCCGACACCUCUGUCACCUCUGCCAGUCAUCUCCCGUCACCUCUGUCACCUCUGUCAGUCACUUCCCGUCACCUCCAGUCACCAGUUCCGUUGCUUUUUCUAAAUCUUUGACGAACAGACAGGCGUUAUUUUUCGUCUAUGGAGACGGUCUGCGUACCUGGCGUCUCUCACUUCACUAGUGUAUUGAAGAGGUAUAUUACCUGGUGAGCAGCGUCCACGGACCACACCGUAAUUCACGCUCAGUCUUCGGCCUUGCCGAGUAAACCAUGUUAUUAUCUUCCUUGUUUGGUGGACGUUCAAGAUCAAACCAUUCUGUGACUUGCUUUACACAGUGACCUUUAUAACCAAGCAUUAGUACGACUCACUCUACUCGCCGAGCGGCGUGAUUAAUAAUGUCGACUCACAAUACUCAGCGAUUUUUAGAGUGAAAAUAAUUUUCAUUACUCGUUGGCUCUCACGAUUGACGUUAUGGAUCCACUUCUGUAAUCGAAAUAUGUUCACUCGUAUUGCUCAUUAACCUUGUGAUCAAACCAGACCAGCGGACCCCUCUGACCAGACCCACCGGUCUCCACGACCAGACCUGACAAUGACUCAUUACUCACCAAUCAACAUAUCCGUUUAAGCUUCCAGACACCGCCAGUAUUCACCGUCUCUCCGACACACUCACGCACCAUCAUAUCCUAACUACUGAAUCUAACGAGGAAAGCUAACUGACGUCACUUGAGUAAAUCCUUUGACUCCAUGACCCACGAAUGAGUAAAUUGGAAUGACUGGCCUCGAGUGAGUAUACAUUUGACCUCAAUCACGCAUGACCUACCUCUGUGACCUCCUGAUAUUUAACAUCUGACUCCAAAAGAGCUGGCAGCCCCCUCUCCCCCCCUCACUACUGCUACCAGUCCAGUCAUGUGUGUGAGAUAACACUGAUCAAACACUGCGUUGUCACCACUAAUUAUUUUAAUGUUCCAUCAAAGAAUCUACUUUAGUUUGACCUUGUUUCUGAUGACUUUCCCGCAACAGAAAACUGGCAAGAAUAUUUAGGCGACGGAUCCCUAUGUUAAUAUUUGUAUGCAUGUGGAUAUAUUUAUAUUAUAUGUAACCGACUGAAAAAAAACUAGUUUUUCUUCAAGACGCUUAGAUAUGACUGUUCGUUCUCUGACUGGAUUAACAGAACCCACUAUCCGGAGUAACUGUUGAUCGGUUCAACAGACGUUGAACCUUACUAACCUGACAGUCAGUAAGUGGGACUGACUAGUCAUGACACAAUGACUGGACUGGACUGCAUAUUUGGAAUUAUGUACAAACCUGACUAUACUUGACAACAUGUAUGCACAAUCCUUAAGUGAAUCCUGGGACACCUUCUUGAGAAGAAGGUGACUGAAGGGAGCCUCUACUUAUUGGCCAAGAUGGAACUUGAAAGUUUAAACGUAAGAAAACAAAACACAGUAUGUACAUUAUGUACAAAGCUUUUAGACUUUAGACUUUGGUAGUCAUUUAGCGAGGGACUUUGGACUUUGAGGACGUGGCUGACUUGGGUGCACGAGUUGAGUAAUACUUUUGACAACAUGGCAAUAUGCAAAUGAGAAUCUCAUUUGCAUAUUGACAGAUCAGACAUUUAUUUAUUGUUUAGGUUAUAGCUUAGAUUCAGAUCGAUGUCAGUGGACUUACACUGAUGUCACUGGAUCAAAUGAACUGAUGCUACUGACCACAUCUGGACUCAUGAGAGUUGACUCCUUAGAGUAUUUUGUACCCAACUGAUCUGACUUCUGACACACACACACACACACACACACACACACACACACACACACACACACACACACACACACACACACACACACACACACACACACACACACACACAUAGGGUUUGAACUUGAACAAUAAUCAGCUCUUGAGGACUAAUUCACCGACUGCUACACUGAUACAUUCACUGAAGGCUGAAAAUUACAUGACAAAAUUCAUGCCUUCUCUACUGUUUUAAUUAAUAAUCGACUGUCAUAAGUAACUCACAAGCCAUUGAGCGAAUAUUACAAGUGACUCAAAGUAAUAGACUGGAUGACUGUAUCUUCCUGAAGAAGGAGCUGACUGGCCAACAACAAUUAACUAUACAUAACUUACAACUGCGGUACCAAGCCACGUACAGAGUGACUGGUGGUGCGUGAGGGUCAGUCUCACACUCUCCUCACUGACUGGUGAAUGACUGGCAAGAGGCGGCGAUAGACUUUAGUGGCGUAACUCUUCUCAGGGACAAACUGAACGAAUGACAUUCGACUGAUUUCCUGCAUGACUGUUGUGUACUCUUGAUCUAAGUAUUACCCCCCCCCCCCCCCCC